AAUAGUGAUUGAUGAAUGGGUUUUCCAGUUGAGAUAGAAGCAUUUGAGUACCUGGAAAAUCUUCAUUUUCCACACCCAACAAAGGGUUCUGAAAUUUAAGAGAGUCGGUUUGGGGUUUGGCGGAGGAAAACGUUGAGAAGCUGACCUGGGUUUUGCCUACAAAUCUCUAUUGUUUUAUUAUAAUCGAGUAUCUUUGUGGGGAUCCCUUUCAUUUCUAAACAAUUUCCUGCUUCUAGAUAUGUAAUCUUUUACAGUUCAUUCCUCCUCAUCUCUACGCGUUUCCCUUUUCUUUCUCUGUCUUAUUCAGAUCUCUUCUCCUUGUCUGUUUGGAUCUCUGUCUUCUUAGAAUUUUACAAACCCCAUUAAACUAAUUUCUUCAGAGGUUUCGGAAUCUGUGAAGAAUUUUGGUCGCUGUAUUCUUGGCGGAUUGUCGAUUGGAUCAAAAUCUUGGGCACCGGAGUUUAUUUUCUGGGGUGUCGAUGGCUUCCAGAGAAGGGCAGCGGCGGCGUCAACAUAAUCACAAUCUGGUGCCUCUUGCUGCUUUGAUCAGUCAAGAGGCGAGGAGCGAGAGGUUGGAGAAACCGAGUUUAAGAUAUGGGAAUGCAGCGCAGUCUAGAAAAGGGGAAGAUUAUUUUCUCAUGAAAACUGAUUGUCAGCGACUUCCUGGGAAUCCUUCAUCCACUUUCUCUGUUUUUGCUAUAUUUGACGGACACAAUGGAAAUGCUGCAGCAAUUUUCACGAGGGAACAUUUGUUGAGUCAUGUCUUGGGUGCACUUCCCCGUGGCCUCGGGCAGGAGGAGUGGCUUCAAGCUCUACCACGAGCGUUGGUUGCUGGAUUUGUGAAGACAGACAAGGAGUUUCAGAGUAGAGGUGAAACUUCUGGAACUACAGCUACGUUUGUGAUCAUCGAUGGAUGGACGGUGACAGUAGCGUCGGUUGGAGAUUCCCGGUGUAUUUUAGAUACUCAGGGUGGUGCUGUCUCUGCUUUAACGGUUGAUCAUCGGCUGGAAGAGAAUGUUGAAGAGAGAGAACGUGUGACUGCAAGUGGUGGGGAAAUUGGAAGAUUAAGCAUUGUUGGUGGUGCUGAGAUCGGCCCGCUCCGUUGUUGGCCGGGAGGCUUAUGCCUUUCUCGAUCCAUUGGAGACAUGGAUGUCGGGGAGUUCAUAGUUCCAAUUCCCUUCGUGAAACAAGUAAAGGUAUUUACACUAUUCUCAUUUGGAACUUGUUUCAUUUUGUUAGGAAUCACGAAUUCAACCUCUCUAAUAUAUCUCUGCUCGUUUUCUAAGUUAUCAAACGCUGGUGGGAGGCUAAUAAUUGCUUCUGAUGGCAUCUGGGAUGCCCUAUCAUCAGAUAUGGCUGCAAAGUCCUGCCGUGGACUACCAGCAGAGCUUGCUGCUAGGCAAGUUGUGAAGGAAGCCUUGAGAACAAGAGGCUUGAAAGAUGAUACAACGUGUAUAGUUGUAGACAUAGUUCCUCCAGAUAAUUCAUUACAGUCUUCCUCUCCCCAGAAGAAACAAAGCGUACUCAAAUCGCUGUUAUUCAGGAAAAAGUCACACAGUUCUAACAAGCUAUCCAAGAGCCUGUCAGCAGUUGGUUUCGUUGAAGAAUUAUUCGAAGACGGCUCCGCCAUGCUUGCUGAAAGGCUGGGAACUGUAGAGUUGAGUGGAUCUAAACAUGGCACACCCGGCCUGUUCUCUUGUGCUGUAUGUCAAGUAGAUCUUGCUCCCAGUGAAGGCAUCUCUGUUCAUGCUGGUUCCAUCUUCUCCACCAGCUCAAAGCCAUGGCAAGGGCCCUUCCUUUGCGCCGAUUGUCGAAACAAGAAGGACGCCAUGGAAGGAAAGCGUCCCAGCGGGGUGAGAGUGGCAUAGCUCAUUUCCAUUUAUUAUAUUAACUCCUUGAUUCUUUCUCUUCUUUGGAUCUACUUCGACGGGUCGAGUAGCUCGAUACAGAUGGGUCGAGGAGCCAGAAGUACAUAGCUAAUUAUUGAAGCCAAGCUAAAGACUUGAACUAAACCAGAAAUUGAAAUUUGUGGCUGUAUAUUAUAAAGCUCCUUUUUUUUUUUUUUAUUUGUUUAUUUUGUUUCUGAAUCAAGGUUCAUAAUCUUGCCUUCUGCCUAUAGCCCGUGUUCGGAGGAAUUGAAUGAUAUAAGUUUAUUUAUUUA